AUGAAGUCUUCCAUUGCUUUUGUCAUUUCGUCCCUGUUUGCUACGCAAUGUCUCUCUGCCUCUGUUGACAUGUGGUCUUCACCCCUCACAGAUCGAAGUGCACCUGUCUUCGAGUCCAUUGAACCCGAUGUCAUCAAGGCUCGUCUUGGUACCACGCCAAAGGAGAACGGCGCGGGAGAUAGACAGCCUGGGGCGGUCUACUUCUGCCGUGAGGAGAAUUGGGGACCUCCAUGCUUUGCUUACCACCCCAAGCUUGAAUACUACUGCAAUGAACUAGGUCCUCAACUCAGUGGCCAUGUCGGUUCUGUCUUUGUCGACCCUGAGAUUAUUUGCCGUUUGGCUACUAUUGGCCGUCAACAAUGCUCCCCGAUCAAGUUCUUUGCCUGGCCUGAAACUCAGAAAGGCUGGCCAGAUCUCUUCCACCAAGACUUACCUCAAGGUGGUAAGCUUGGUUUUGUGACGACUCACUUCACCUGCGCCAAGUGCACCAAUUGUGUUCGAGAUCCAAAAUAG